AUGAUGUUUGACCAGCGCCAGAAGCAGAUGGGCCUUCCAACAAGUGAUGAAAUGCAAAAGCAAGAAAUUCUCAAGAAGUUCAGGUCUCAGGUUUUCUCUGAAAAUAUGGGGAUGAAGUCCGAGCCCCAGGCUGCAAUUUCCUUGAAGGGGGCGAAUUGGACCAAGGUCACCUUCAAGCCCGACAUUGCCAAGUUCAACAUGACUCAUCUUGAUAAUGAUGUCAUUGCCCUCAUGAGGAGAAGAGUUGUUGAUAUUGCGGGUAUUCUAGCACCAACGACCCUGCAGGUUUCGUUUAAUGGCAAGAGGUUGCCAAAGUUCCUGGGCUUCCCAACCUAUGUCAAUAUGUAUCUUGAUGCUGCGUUGUUGUCCCCUACCUGGAAGUCAACAGAACUAAUCCCAAGGAUCAUUGAGAAGUUCGAUGAUCAGGUGGAGGUGGCUGUGAGUCUAACAGAAGGGGAGUUUGACCAGGUUAGCUUUGUGAACAAAGCUGCGACUUUUGCUGUUGGACCCCAUGUUGAUUAUGUGUCAAACCAGAUUACUGAAUAUGUUGCUAUUCUCGAAUGUCUCUUAUUAAGGCUAAUACCCCCAUGGAGGGCGCCAGAGAGACAGGACAAGCCGAAGCCGAAGCCGAAGCGUGGCUUAAAGAGAGCAGCUUAA